UGAGUUUUCACAAGUCUAUAACUGCAUAUGUCUAUAAAAUGUUUUAUCUGCUUUAUGUGUUGUUGUGGACCUGUAACUUUGUCCUUUGCGAUGACAAAAAUAUUGAAAUUCAAGAACUUAAAGGAAUUGUAGUCCGCAUGGAGGAGAUGAUGGAACUUCAAGGAAACGCAAUUUCUAAAUACCAUCAGCAAAUGGAAGAGGUUAAUGAAAAGAUUAAUCAUCUCACUGAACAAGUAUCUGCAUUUCAAAAAGGCAAAAGAGGCAAAAGGCAAACGGAACGGGUAGCCUUUACUGCUUAUUUGGAUCACGGUCAAGCAGUUCACAGUGGUAAUGUUCUAAAAUUCAACCAGAUAUUGUAUAACGUCGGAAAUGCUUACAACAUCCAUACAGGUAUCUUCACUGUACCAAUAACUGGCACAUACCUAUUUUCGUUUCAAGUUGAAGACUGGAGAACGAAGGAAUUGACUUUCUACUUGAUGGUUGACGGUCAGAACAUGGUAGACGCUAUAAUUGGCAAUACUGGAAGUACACAGAGUGGUAACACAGCUAUUUUAGGUCUAACGAUAGGAAAUUCUGUUUGGAUUGAAUCUGCUGAGGGAUAUGCGUAUGGCGAAAAUAACUUUCGUGGGACAACAUUUUGUGGUGCAUUU